AUGAAGAUCUCCUCUGUGGUGUUUGCUCUUCUGACUCAAGCACUUUUUGGAGAUUUGUGUUUGGCUAUCAACGUCACCAUCACCCCAUCCCCCUUCACAGUGGCCCAGGAGGGUGAAAACGUCACUCUCACCUGUGUUGUGUCCCAGCGGCGCCGAAAUGCCGCUUUACCUGUCGUGAAAUGGACCUUCCUACCAGCAGGCACACAGCGGUCGCAGGACGAACUCUUAAUUGCCCGCGUCAACAUGAGGAAGGCCCGGUUCUACAGCAACUACACCAAAAGCUUCCCAUGGCCCAAACUGAAGCUGACGGUGGUGAAGCAGGGGAAAAUCUUUGACCUGCUGAUCUUGAACGUUUCCGAGGGGGACCAGGGGCUCUACAUGUGCCGGGUGCAGGAGUUUAAAAAGCACCAGAACCGUUGGAAGGCCUCGUCCAACUGCACAGCUGCUACUGAUCUUAGAGUGCAUGUCCUACCGGCAACCAAGGCCAAAGAAAGCCUGUGGAGCUUAUUUGAAGAUGUGUACCUGUGUGCCGUGCUGAUCUGCUCGGUGGGCCUGCUGUGCAUGUGCAUGUUCACAGUGACGGUGACCUGCCAGUACAUACAGAGGAAGCAGAGGUUAAAAGAUAACUAUCAUCUGGUCAAAAGCCAACAAAACAGCUCUGGAGAGACAGUGACCAGUGUCGUCAGUUUGUCUCCUGCUCUGCCUGAAAAGUCGAGGAGGUACCGGAAGAAAAGGAGAAGAGACCAUCAGGAGGACUUACCACCUGAGAUACCAGCCAAAGCUCCCAUUGGGGACAAAAGGAAACCCAAACUUUUAAAACCACAGCCAAGGAAAUUAGUGUUGCCAAAGAUAGUGGAGGAGAAUCUGACCUACGCAGAGUUGGAUCUGGUGAGGUCGAUUCCAGAAGCCAAGGCGUCACAUGGCGGCACCGUGUACGCUCAGAUACUGUUUGGGGAGCAGGAGCUAUGA